AUGAUAUUCAAAACGGGAGGGAAGCCUCCAAGCAAGACUCCUCCAAAGACAGAAGUGGAGAAGAAAAAUAUUUGUGAGAAAUGUCCCGGAGACCCGUGGGUUUAUUGUGCAGUGUUGUGGUGUGCGUGCGUUAUGAGCCUCAUAUCGAGUGGGUACAGUCUAUAUAAGCAGCAAGGCUUGCAGGACAGACUAUGGCUGUUGGAGGAGCAGCAUCUAGCGCUGAGGAGUGCGGUUCUGGAGCCGCAGCAGCCGCUGGUGGAACGGUUAAGGAGGGAAGUGCUGGCGAGGCCCCCCAGCUUUUGGAGGCCAAGGAGAAGCAUACGGGAUUAUGGUGACUGCGUUUGUCCACCAGUUCUCAAGCUGACGUUAUGCCAGCUUCUAGUAAGGGUCAACGAAGAUAAACAAGCGUGA